UAACAAAGGAAAAGUCAACAAAGGUCAACAGAAAAUGUCUAGAAAAAUUUCAGAUUAUUUUCAAAUAGAAGCAAAAAAGUCAAAAACUGAAGAAACUUCAUCGAAUCCAAUUCAAGUCCGUGAAUGUCACGUAGUUUUGACAGACAUAAAUGAAGACAUUCGAAAUGGAAAAUGCAAAAGUUUGAUAAUCAUUAAACCUAAGUCAGAUCCAUCAAAAAUUGAAGACAUCACCAAAAAGCAAGAAGAAUCGAUUACAUCAAAUCAGGAAGAAUGUAAGUUGCGUGGAAAAAUCGUAUUAAAAUCGAACAACACCAGACAUAUGCUAUUGAAUUGCGAAAAAGAAUUUAAAGAUUCUUCAAAUAACAAUGGAAUUUUCAAUCAAAACCAUCGAACAUUUGAUAUCACAAAAAGCCACAUAAAAUCCGAGACUAAAAUAUAUGAAUGUGAUCUUGAUGGAAAAAAGUAUAAAUCUAGAUUUUUAAUAUUUAUGCACAUGAAAUCUCAUCUGCCAAAAGUGAAAUGUAAAAUUUGCAGUAAAUUUUUUACUCUUUUGUCACUUUAUAAUCACAUGAAACAAACUCAUGCUCCAGAAAAUAAUGUUCAAUGUGAAAUCUGUUCAAAAUCAUUCAAAAGUAGCAAUAAUCUCAAAAAGCAUAAAAAAGUUCACGAUAAGAAAUUUCAAUGUGAGAUUUGUGAAUUAAAAUUUGCUGCCAAAUAUCAAUUAAUCAAACAUGUAGCAAAUAUUCACGAAAAUCCAAGAAGCUUUAAAUGUGAAAUUUGUGACAAAAAAUUCAACAGAAAACAAAAUUUAGAGGAUCAUCAAAUGACUCAUAUAAAUAAUCGGCUAAAGCCAUUCAAAUGUCAACAAUGUCAAUAUGGAACUCACUAUAAAUUUCGCUUCAACAAUCAUCAAAAAACUCAUGAAAAGUUAAACGAAAAGAUCGCAAGUAUGAAAAGUCCUCAAAAGUGUGAAAAAUGUGCUGCAGUUUGCAAAAAUAAACAUUUUCUGGCAAUGCAUAUGCUCCAAGUUCAUCCUAAACAUUUGUUCCAAUGCGAUUUAUGUGGUAUUUACUUCAAAACUAAGAGUCUUUUAAAAAAACACAUCAAUAGCAAAAAUCAUUUAACAAGAUUUUGAAAACAAUAUUUCUGGAAUUUUAAGAAAUCUUAUAAAAUGUCCAAAAUAAGACAUUAAAUUCUAAUAAUAUAAUAAAUUACAUAAAUACAUGAAAACCA